GUUUUUCACGCUCACAAGGAUGUGUUACAGGAGCUCGCAGUGCGUGAACACUUCAACAUUCCAAAGCUACAUCAAUUGUCCCACUACGUACAGUCAAUCAAACUAUUCGGAGCUGCAGAUGGAUUCAACACCGAACUUCCCGAGCGCCUCCACAUCGACUUCGCUAAAGAGGCUUACCGCGCAAGUAACAAGCGCGACUACGAGGAACAGAUGGCGUUAUGGCUUCAACGCCAGGAGGCAGUCUUCUGCCAAUCCAUUUACCUCGAAUGGGUGGCUGAGCGUGCCGCUCGCCGGACAGACCGGGAAUCUGAGUAUGAUUCCGACUCUGAUGCUGAAAACGAGGGCUUUGAUGUGGUGCCUGUUGUUUCGCAGGAUAUCAUUCAUGUUCUGGCGAAGACUGCCCCACAUCCUCGUCGAUCUGUUCAACAUCUCGAAACCAUGCAUGGCGCCGUUGAUUUCCUGCCCGCUCUCACAUUAUUUUUACAGAAGCAUUUGCCGCACAAUCAUAGCAUUGUGCCUGGUCCCCAAGAUCGUUUUGACACUUUCCGACAAGUAGUCAUCAUCCUUCCCCCCGACCCUCGUGUGUCCGAGUUGCCCAAGUGCCUACGGGUCAGGGCGACGCCUGAAGUGCUUCCUUCGUCUUCUGGACGGAAGCCAGGUUCCCCCAAUCGAUUUGACAUGGCACUGGUUAGCAGUGAUGGCGUCCAAGCAUCGAAGGCACUACUCACGCUGAAUGCCGCUGUCCGAGUUGCGCAGGUCCGUGUGUUGUUCACGCUGCCUCGUCAAUUUGGCGCAUACCCGCGACCCCUUGCAUACGUUGAAUGGUUUACCCCGUUCAGAGAGCCAGACGAGUCGUCUGGUCUGCAUCUAAUCUCUCGUUCAACUCGUCACUUGCGACGGAAUUCGGCCGUGAUUCAUGUUGACGAGAUUAUUCGUC